AUGUUUGGAAAAAAAAUAUGGCCAGAAUGUAUAAAAAAUACCGAUGCAGAAGUUAAUAUCCUUCCUGAAGUUAGACAAAACAUUUUGGAUUUAGCACAUUAUCUCCGUUUUGAAGAUUUAAACGAAUCUGUUGUGCUGGAUCUACUUGCAGCUGAUAGGGAACCCCUUUCAUAUGAGGAACUCAUUCAGUUGCAAGCAGAGCCGGCAAUUGAUGAAGAUACAGAACCUGUUGUAUCCAAACAGCUAACAUCAAAAAUCAUGUCGAGCGCUUUUUCAUAUUUUGAACAAGGAAUAAACAUCCUCCUUGAAAACGAUCCUGACGUCGAACGUAGCGCUAAUGUCUCUCGAAGAAUUAACUCAGCCAUUAGCUGUUAUAAAUCACUAAAGGAAGAAAUAGACAAGAAGGUUAAGCAAAACCAAUGUAUCCAUUGCUUUAAAACUUUUGCUUCCACUAGUUCUCUUUGCUGUCACAACAAGUUAGUACAUCACAUACAGCCUAAGGAGUACUUUCAAAAUUUUGAAUGUACAUUGUGCCAAAAAAUUUUGCAUGCUCCUUCCUCAUUACAAAGGCACAUCAAAACUUUUCAUUCUUCCGUUCCUGAUACAUCUCCCACAGACUCCAAACUCCAAUGCACGUAUUUUUAUGAUUCCCGAAUUAAUCCAGAAACAUCCCUUGCACUGCAUUCUUAUGCUCUACCCUCUUCAUUAAUUCCUUCCACUACUUCUUAUUCAUGUACCCUUACUGCUUCACAAACUUCUUACACAACUCUUCCUGCUUUGCCAAAUCCUUCUACAUCAUUUCCUUCUUCACCAAUACCAACGACAUCCUUCCAUUCAUAUGCUCUUCCUGCUACAUCAAUCCCUACAACAUCCUUCCAUUCAUAUGCUCUUCCUGCUUCACCAAUUCCUACAACAUCCUUCCACUCGGAUGCGCUUCCUGCUUCACCAAUUCAUAUGACAACCGCUAAUUCCAAUACUGUUUCCUUUAUUCGACAACCAUCUUCCCCACUACUUUCCCAAUCAUCCAGAUCGCUCACAUCUUUUCCAGUGACCCCAACGCGACCCAGACCCCAAGAUAAUGCUUUGCUGUACUCAGAACAUUUUACAGGGUUUUCAAGGGUUCUCAGAAUUACUUGCCCCAUUCAGGAUUGCGGGAAUGCUUACACACGGUACAGCGCACUACAAAAACAUAUUGAGUGUCAUCAUCACAUCAAUAUUGAACACAAAGACAAACUGUUUUCUUCUAUUAAUGCUGGAAAACUGAGAUGGAACAGAACAGUAUUACGUCAUAUGUGAAGGACACUGCAGCAUACAUAACAAAAGACAAUUGCUGCACCAUUCAAUAUUAUAAUUGCCAUUGAUCACACAGUCACCAAACAAAGGAAACAUGUUUAAGGGGUAGCAAAAAAAUUGGGCAUGCUUGUCCCUCACGAAUUAUGUGCAAGGUGUAUAAUGACGGACAUGUUGAAGUUGAUUACUGGAAGACACAUCUGGGACAUGAAAAUUUGAUAAAAUAUGUGCGGCUGGAUUAAAAUUUAAUCAGAAACAUCAAGGAUCAAAUUAAAGCAGGCGUAGAUGAUGACUUUAUUAUAAAAAACAUACGUGAAGAUUGUUAUAACAAAAAAUUACUGAGACCACUGAGAGCUUCCAUAAAAAGGCGGGUGUUACCACCAAAUGAUACCUUAAUAAAUAAAAAUGAUUCAAGAAGUGUAGCCGAUUCUUUGCAUU